AAGCAUCUCUCUUAUUCUCUCCAUUAGGCUGACGGGAAACGAAUGUGAAACCUAAGAACGUCUGUGGUUCCCCUACUCAGGAUUUGGCUUGGAUCCCUAAACUCCGAGGAAACAUGGUGCCACCGUGAGAUGCUGUUAAGACAAUGGCGAAUGGUUCGCACGUGGAUCCCGAGACGGCCCAGAAGUCUACUGAGACCCGGGGGCCAUCUUGGCCGGUCUUGCUGCUCACGCUGGCUGCCGUCACCUCCUCCUCCUUGUCAGCUCUGUCCUUGUACCAACUGGUGGUCCUCAGAGCUGAGGUGGUUGGACUGAAAUCCGAGAUGUGUCGCAGGAGGGAAGAAAGUCAGGAGGCCAAGCGUAGAGACCAGACUGAGGAUAUCAGUCAUGGGAGAGGCAGCCAGGCGGACCCGCAACACGCUUUCACCCUCUUGAGGAGGAGGAGGAUGGUCUCUGGAACGGACAAACCAGUUUCUCAGUCGUGUCUACAGUUGUUGGCGAAUAAUAGCAGGAGAACCUUCAGGAAAGACUUUGCCCUGGAGCCAUACACAGGCAUCCCCUGGCAGACGGGCCUGAGGAGGGGCUCUGCACUGGAGGCAGUAGGAGACUGCAUGGAGGUCCGAGAGGAGGGCUUCUUCUUUGUCUAUAGUCAGGUGUACUACAUGGACAGCACUUUUGCCAUGGGCCACGUGGUGGUCCGGAGGAAGAGGACGGUGGUGGGUGACGAGGCUCAGUAUGUGAUCCUGUUCCGCUGCAUCCAGAGCAUGAACCCUGUGUACCCUUACAACACCUGCUACACAGGAGGUGUUGUGAAGCUGGAGGUGGGCGACCAGUUAGAGCUGCUGAUCCCCAGGUCCACAGCCAACGUGUCCCUGGACGGAGACGCCACCUUCCUGGGCGCUGUCAAGCUGGUUUAAAGGCUGUCACCUCACAUGAGAAGCAUGCCUUCAUCCUGGAAGAGACAUUUGUGCACAGCAUGAAAGAGAGACUGUCUGAGCAGGUUACAUUUAUCCAUCCAUCCAUCCAUUUUCUACCGCUUGUCCUUCUCUGGAUCCUAUGUUACACAGGCUCCCCAUGUUACAAUUAUACUUCCUUCCAAAUAAUCAGUAAUAUUAUGCAUUUGCAUGCAGCUGCAAUAUUAUUUACCAUGUAGCAAAAGCCGUCUUUUGCAGAAUCUGUUGCUUUUUCUUUGCAGUCCUGUUUAAGAUGUGUGGCGAAGCCUUUUUUUUUUUUUUUUUUUUUUUUUUUUUAAUUCUUUAUUUAAAAAAAAAAAAAAAUGUAUUUCCCCAUAGCAGGGCAUGACAGAAAAUCAUUGGUACAAACACACAUUUUUUUUAACCAAAGAUGCAUGAAAAUGUAUUUCAAAUACAAAUUGUUCUCGUCUACCGUAUUUUUCGGACUACAAGUCGCAGUUUUUUUCAUACUUAUACUCAGGAGCGACUUAUGUGUGAAAUGAUUAACACAUUACCGUAAAAUAUCAAAUAAUAUUAUUUAGCUCAUUCACGUAAGAGACUAGACGUAUAAGAUUUCAUGGGAUUUAGCGAUUAGGAGUGACAGAUUGUUUGGUAAACGUAUAGCAUGUUCUAUAUGUUAUAGUUAUUUGAAUGACUCUUACCAUAAUAUGUUACGUUAACAUACCAGGCACCUUCUCAGUUGGCUAUUUAUGCGUCAUAUAACAUACACUUAUUCAGCCUGUUGUUCACUAUACUUUAUUUAUUUUAAAUUGCCUUUCAAAUGUCUAUUCUUGGUGUUGGGUUUUAUCAAAUAAAGUUCCCCCAAAAAUGCGA